AUGGAGACAUUUGGUGACGAUGACUGCCCCAAAGGGCACAUGGAGAUCUUGUUUGAGGAUGUCCGUGUGCCCGCCAGCAACAUGCUUUGGGGCGAGGGCCGCGGCUUUGAGAUUGCCCAGCUCCGACUCGGUCCUGGCCGUAUUCAUCACUGCAUGCGGAUGAUUGGGCAGGCCGAGCGGGCGCUAAGCCACAUGUGCCGUCGUGCAACUGCACGCACGGCCUUCGGCCAAAAAUUGGCCGAGAUGGGCUCGGUGGUGCAGCAGAUUGCUGAGUGCCGUUCCGAGAUCGACCAGGCGCGGCUGUUGGUGAGAGAGGCCGCAGACCGGAUGGACAGGCUCGGCAACCGGGAUCACUACACCCGCAAGCUAUUGAGCCUGGUCAAGGCUGUCGUGCCCGCUAUGACGCAGCGCGUGGUGGACCGAGCUAUGCAACUUCACGGCGGCCUAGGAGGCUCCCAAGAUAGCUGCCUGCCUGCUGCCUUCGUUGCGGCCCGGAACCUGCGCUGGGCGGAUGGCCCAGACGAGGUGCACUGGCGCACAGCGGGCAGGCUGGAGCUGUCGUACCAGAGGAAAGAGUCACCGCUCUUCCAGAUCGAGCUCUACGAGCACGACAAGCGAAAGCCCUUUAGGGCGAAGCUGUGA